AUGAACUAUGUGGGGCAGCUGGCUGAGAGCUUCCUCAUCACAGUGAAGGGGCUGUACCAGGAUCUGAACCCUGCCACCCUGUCAGGCUGCAUCGAUGUGGUCGUGGUGAGGCAGCCUGACAACUCCUUCAAGUGCUCCCCAUUUCAUGUGCGCUUUGGGAAGCUGGGAGUGCUGCGCUCCAAGGAGAAGGUGGUUGACAUUGAAAUCAAUGGAGAGCCUGUGGAUCUGCACAUGAAGCUGGGAGACAAUGGAGAGGCCUUCUUUGUUGAGGAGUCAGAGGAACAUGAGGGCAGCAUUCCCUUCUUCCUCCGCACAUCCCCCAUCUGCAAGGAGCGGAGCCCAAAGGAUGAAGUUCAGCCCUCCCAUGGCCUCGAGGCCUCCAGUGCUGGAGUGAUCCUGCACAAGAGGAGGCGACACAAGAGAAAGCCCAAGAAGAAUGAAGUCUUGGACUUGGAUUCUGACAGCUGUGAUGAGACCAAAAGUGAGGUGACCAUAAAAGAGCCCUGCAAGCUGCCAGCCCCAAGCUUCAUGCUGAGCCAUCAAUUUUCCAAAAGUGAUUCUGAACUGGAGAUCAAACGACAGGAAAGUUUUUCUCUAGGGGCUGAAUCCCACAUGAAGUGGACCUGGGGAAUGCUCCCUCAGCUGCCAUCCACCUUGCCUGCCAACAGCCCCAUGGACUCUGGAUCAAUGCCCACAGUUUCCCUGUCACUGUGCGGGGGCCUCAGGGGCAACAGGCAGAUCUCUCAUGAGAAGUUCAUGGAACACAUGGUUUCCUACCAGCAGUUUGCUGAGAAUCCAAGGCUCAUCAGUGACCCAAACCUGGUGAUAAUGAUCAACAAGAAGUAUUACAACUGGGCUGUGGCUGGUCCCAUAAUCCUGGCUCUGCAGGCUUUCCAGAGGAACAUUCCUGAGAGCAUCAUUGACGAAUUGGUGAAGGAGAAGAUGCUUAAGAAAGACAGAAAGUAUUGGUUCUCCUGGAAGAGGAGAGAAUUGCCAACAGAGAGGGAGGAAAAGGAGUCUUCCACUGACAAUGAGCCCCAGCACCCUGGGGACAUGUUCGCAAUGGAGGGCUCUGCUCAGAAACUUCUGCCAGCCUACAAGAUAGGGCAGGAGGAAAAGGAGUCAUCCAGUGACAGUGAGCUCCUGCACCCUGGGGACAUGUUGGCAAUGGAGGGCCCUGCUCAGAAACUUCUGCCAGCCUACAAGAAAUCCCUGCGGCUCUCCUCUGAACAAAUUGGAAGGUUGAAUCUGCAGGAUGGCCCCAACGAGGUGGCAUUCAGCGUGACAACUCAGUACCAGGGCACGUGCCGCUGUGAGGCCACUAUCUACCUGUGGAACUGGAACGAAAAAGUGGUGAUCUCAGACAUCGAUGGCACCAUCACCAAAUCAGAUGCUCUUGGACACAUCUUGCCACAGCUGGGUAAAGACUGGACUCACCGUGGGAUUGUGAAACUCUUCCACAAAAUCCACCUGAAUGGCUACAAGUUCCUCUACUGCUCGGCCAGGGCUAUUGGCAUGGCCCACAUUACCAAAGGCUACCUCAAAUGGGUCAAUGAGCAAGGCUGUGGCCUCCCCAUGGGCCCCAUGCUGCUUUCCCCCAGCAGUCUCAUGUCUGCCUUCCACAGGGAGGUGAUUGAGAAGAAGCCAGAGGUGUUCAAGGUCACCUGCUUGACAGACAUCCGAAAACUGUUUGCUACAAAGUGUCCCUUCUACGCGGGCUUCGGGAACAGGCCCAAUGAUGUCUAUGCUUACAAACAAGUGGGGCUGCCAGAGAGCCGCAUAUUCACAGUAAACCCCAAGGGAGAGCUGAUCCAGGAGCUCACAAAGAACCAAAAGUCAACAUAUGAGCGGCUGUCGGAGCUGGUGGAGGUCUUCUUCCCUCCUGUGGGACAGAGGGGGAGCACUGGUCUGGCACAGCCACCUUCCCUACUGGAGAUCUCCACUGCCUGA